AUGAAGAAGAAGAAGAAGAAGAAGAAGAAGAAGAAGAAGAAGAAAAUGAUGAUGGCGGUGGUGGUGGUGGUGGUGGUGAUGAAGAGAAAGAGGGAAGGGGAGACCCGGUUUCCCCAGAUUCCGUAG